GCUUUUAUGUGCCAGUUUUAAAAUGGCCAAUCUCGAAACCGCUGUUCAGGAGGCUGCUGUUCGGGAGAUCACUCGCAUUGAGCGAAUCGGUGCGCAUUCCCACAUUCGUGGACUUGGACUCAACGAUGAUUUGGAAGCGCGUCAGAUAUCGCAAGGUAUGGUUGGCCAAUGUAAAGCGAGGCGCGCUGCCGGUCUUAUUCUUGGUAUGAUUCGGGAAGGCAAAAUAGCAGGACGCGCAAUACUUAUAGCUGGUCCUCCCGGGACCGGGAAAACCGCUAUUGCAAUGGGGAUGGCACAAACACUUGGGCACGACACUCCCUUUACAGCAAUUGCCGGAAGUGAAAUAUUUUCUUUGGAGAUGAGUAAAACUGAGGCCCUCACCCAGGCUUUUAGGAAAUCCAUCGGAAUUCGAAUAAAAGAAGAAGCCGAAAUCAUCGAAGGAGAAGUUGUGGAAAUUUUAAUUGACCGACCGGCCACUGGUACCGGAGCCAAAGUCGGUAAGCUCACACUCAAGACGACUGAAAUGGAAACCAUUUACGAUUUGGGUCAAAAAAUGAUCGAGUCUCUUACAAAGGAAAAGGUCCAGGCUGGUGACGUAAUAACGAUCGACAAACCUUCCGGAAAAAUAACGCGACUUGGGAGGUCAUUCACUCGUGCGCGUGAUUAUGAUGCCACCGGAGGUCAGACCAAAUUCGUUCAGUGCCCCGAGGGUGAACUUCAAAAGCGAAAAGAAGUGGUGCACACGGUCACGUUACACGAAAUAGACGUCAUCAACAGUAGGACUCAAGGCUUUCUGGCGUUGUUUAGCGGCGAUACUGGCGAAAUCAAGUCUGAGGUACGUGAUCAAAUAAAUCACAAGGUUGCGGAGUGGAGAGAAGAGGGCAAGGCUGAAGUUGUUCCUGGGGUGCUCUUCAUUGAUGAGGUCCACAUGCUUGACAUCGAAUGCUUUUCCUUCCUCAAUCGGGCCCUCGAAUCAGAGAUGGCCCCCGUCCUCAUUGUAGCGACAAAUCGAGGCAUUACCAGAAUUCGCGGUACAAAUUAUCACAGCCCACAUGGAAUCCCUAUAGAUCUUCUCGACCGUUUGCUUAUCAUUUCCACUACAAGUUACACCGAUAAGGAAGUCCAAGCUAUUCUCAAAAUUCGCUGUGAGGAAGAGGAUGUGGAUAUAUCAGAAGAGGCACUCGUGGUAUUGACACGAAUCGGUAUGCAAACUUCACUGCGCUACGCUAUCCAGUUGAUCACAACAGCAAGUCUAGUGUGUCGUAAGCGCAAACCUAUUCUUUGUAAUAGAUCCCAGCCAGACACUUCCGCUCAUCCGAAGUCAUUUUCUCCUAUUGGGACUCGUCAGUAGUCUACAUCCCCCGGCUUUAGCACGAACGAAACCCAUUUGCUCGACCCCAGCCGCUUAUGCAACUAGUUCUACGGGUAACCGCCUAUACUUACAUUUCUGCGGAGAAUCGUCCAUAGAUUAUAUCAAAAAUUCCCUACUCAGAAAUACACUGGAAUUCGGACUGAAUAACACCUGGGAGGCUGUUUCGAGAUCGAUGCACGCCGAACAGACUAUGAUGAUCGUUUUCUUCAACUAUCUGCCCACCACAACCUUAACGUUGGCAGUACGGUGCCAUCCGGUGCCCACCGCAUUCCUCGAUGCCCUGGACCCAAAUUGACUAUAUUAUCACCAGUUACAGAUGACGCACAACGUUUCAUUACUGUCCUUUGUCUGGAUUCCGACCAUAAUUGUGUGCGCGCCCCUGGCGCUCAUUCUUCUCGCUUCGGUGAAAUGUUUAACGUCUAAGCUCCUCACUCCUAACUUGAGCUCGCAAUUCACCUUUCGAUUAUAUCGGCAGGCCUCCAAAUUGCUCAUGCUCUACCAUUCCUUACUGUGUAAU